AUGUCGGUUGGAAUUUCUACUCGGGACUCACCAGCUGGCCACGGAUGGCGAUCGCCCAAGAUUUUUGUCGUCACUGCUAUCUCAUUCGCUAUGUUCUCUGGUUUGUUCUUUUUUUCCAAAGCAGUUGGAAAAGAUGAUGUAGAAGCUAACGUUGUGAUCAGACGCAUUUCUAUUCAGCUUCGUAGUUCCAAUUCCACUGGACAUGCUCGAAGAACAGAUCCCGCGGACACUCAAAUCCUCAUUUCAAUCAUCCUUUCGAUGAAUGCACUGGUCUCGACUGGCAUUGCCACUUUCAUAGGUCAUCUCGCCGACAAAACAUCCAAGAAGAACCGCCUUUUGGUAGUAUCUUGGGCAAUUAGCGUGAUUGGGACACUCCUCAGUGCACGGCCAGCGAAACUUCUUGCAGAUACCGUUGGCGCUAAAGCGCUCGGGUUGAGAUACAUGUUCGCUAUUGCAGGCUUCCUGUUGGCCCAGCCAUUUCAGGGACAUUGUACGCGCUGGUGUCUUAUUCAUUGA